CCAAAUGUUGACUGAAGAGCAACGCAAGUUCUAACGCGGUACACGAGCACGAUGGCAUGCAUGUGACGAACGAUGGAAGUAAUCUACUACAAUUAUAUAACUCGCGUUGGUCUCUCUUCUUCUCUUUCUCUCGUUUCAUUCCUACGGAUGUUACUCUACCCCGAAGAGCAUCGAAUAAGAUCAAUGUAAUCAACUCAAAAGAUUAAUAUACCUAUAUAUGCUAACAUAUCUCAAAAAUCUGUUAGCAUCGAUAUUAUGAUAUUAUGUAUUGCUUAUGAGCAAUGAGAUCGAGGAUCAGUCACUGUAAAUCCUAUUCGCAUUUGCCCUCAUUUAUAUCGUUUAUGGAGGUUAAGCAAAUCACUAAGUCCGCAUCUCUCAUCGAUGGAAGAUCAAAAGUAAGUGAAUUCACUACACCGCCGGAGUGGAAGUAGGUCCCUCGCGGUGAUGUAAAAGUAAAGAGGGGAGUGUGGCAAGCAAAGUAGGGGGUCCUCGAAGUGAAUGCCUUUCUCAUAAUCCGCGGACCUUCUUAGUCUUCCUGGUCUCUUUCCAACCGAUGGACGGAUACCUCACGCGUACCACAUUACUUACGGUUAAAAUAGCGAAAGGUGUGAGGAUCAAGUCAAGAAAUAUUACGAUAAUAGCUUAAACGGUGUUGAUCUACGGGCUAGUCACGCUUCGUUGAUCCAUCGAGAAAAGACGGUCGCGUGACGCUGCUCGAGCAAUAAUCAUGAAAGAGAUAAUUAUUUUCGUUAUCCUUGGGAUUGGAAUUGCUCAAACGCAGUUGAACUACGAAGGAAAUCCGUUGACGGAAAAUACGGAGUACACAGCCGAGGAGUCACAAAUUUCAUCAAAGGUCGUUAAAUCAUUAACGAAUGGACCACAAAAAUUGUAUCCGAUCUUUCACGAGAGCAAAGAUGCUGCUUCAAAGGAUACAAUGCCCCAAGAAGACGAGUCCAAUAAACAAGUUUCGCAAACUAAUUUCAAUCACGCUGAAAUAUCAUCGUCAAUUAAUGUUGCGUCAGCUCGAGAACUUUCAGACAAUGUUUACAGCAAAAUACAGAAAUCUCAAAUACUUGAACCUGUAACGAACACAAUCAAGACACCUGCGGAAAUAGCAUUGAAUACAUUCCUAAAUUCAAAAACACCUGAGGAAUCUCAAUUGUCCUUGGAUUUUUUUUUGAAAAACAGCCAAUCCCAAAAUAAUCAAUGGCCAACGUCAAAUAUAAUUAUUCCUCAAAAUCAACAAGAACAGAUGCAAAUUAUAUCGCAAAAUGAUCAACAAAUACAACAGCAAUUGGUACGAACGACACCGAAAGUAAUAGAACAAGUUUCAUCGUAUCCACAAAUAAAUCAACAGCAGCAACAAUUAGUGGUACCUCCUGUGCAGAAACAAGUGCUUUUCCAGCCUCAACAUGUGUUACAAAUGCCUGGACCAGUUUAUGGUUAUGCGGCACAGUAUACAACCAAUUCUCAAAUAUUGCAACCUUCUCAGAAUGCUCAAACGAAUCCAGUGAUACCAAAUCAAACGAUAUUGAAACAAUCACCUGUUUCUGUGGAUUCUCUUGAAGCAAUUCAGUCAAGGAGCGAUGUUGUUACUCCCAUAAUAUGGCGUCAACGUAACAGAUGGAUUCGAGGCCAACCAUAUCCCGUUCCUCAGCCUAAAAUCGGUGGUGUCUUAUCAAAAGGUCCCGUCAUAGCACCGUUCCCACGUAAAGGUCCGUUUGAAUUGAUCUACACGAAACCACCUGGUUAUCAUCGUUUCCCACUUCAUGGACCUUCUUACGAAGACGCUAAUGUUUGGUUCCCUGAUGUGAAUGGUCCACCUCCAUCCGGCGACGUAUAUUACUCCCAAUUAUACGCUCAAUCUUACGAUCCCCAUUACUACAAUUACAUUGCCAAGACUGGCAAGAUUAAGCCCCAUCUUUAUGGCAAAUUGGGCAAAUACCCUGAACACGAAGACGGAGGAAUUUGGGCGGAGCUCUAUCGAGGUUUCACGAAGCAUGGUUUAAAAAAUAUCAUGACACCAGGAUUCCUCUUGGGUAUGACACUCCCAAUGAUCACUGUGAUGCUUAUGGCACUUGUACAAAAGCGAUCAUUUGGACGGUACGAUUCAAGAAAUCUUCAGGAUGUAGAUAAUCUUCAAGAAUACCUUGAACGUCUACAACGAGCCAUGGAAUGCUACGAAAGAAAGAGAAGGAAAACUGGAGAAGUUACAACAGAUGAGUGUUGAAACGCCGCUACUCGAGUAAAUAGCCGUUCAUUGACCGAGACCCAGUGACAGUCUGUCUCAUAAACUCUUCCCUCUUCCCUUUCUUUUUUUCGUACUGCCCAAAAUCAUCAUUUAAUCUAUAUUCACUUCGUAUCGGAAUAUUACGUAAAACAAUUCAUGUUGUACUAUAUACGAACUCGUGUCAGGGAUAAUUAUAAGUUGAUAGAAUAGUAUUCCAGUAUGAGUCGGUAAAAUAAUCAAAUUGGUGCAAUCAGUGCAAUAAUCAAAAAUUAUGAUGCAAUAUUUGAUUUUUCUUUGAAACAAAUCUUAUUGUAGACCUACGUGAUAUAUAUGGACAUUGUAUAUAUGUAUUUUAAUGUAUUUAAUUUCUAAUUACUUAUGAUCAAAUUUGCUUAUCAGUUUAUAGAAUAAAAUAACUUUCGGAAAAUAAAAUUUCAUUAGAUUUUGAUAAGAUGAUGCUUCAGUUAAUCCUAUCUUUAACUCUCUUAUUUUUUUUCGAUUAAUCUUCCUUUUCUUUUAAUCUUACGAGUUAUCACCCAAUUUAUGCUAUUACUAAUGCUCGGCUUAAUGUAAUUGACCUUGUUCUUACUAUCGGACCAAUCUCGAAUACUUUCACAAACGUACAUAUAUGCGCUAUUAAAACUAUAAUGUAGCAACAUUUCCAAAAGCUUUUCUUGAAAAGUAAAAUAAAAAUUAAAAACGACGGUAGAUCAGAAAUUAUCAAAAGUAUUGGAUAAUAAGUUACUUUAAUACUUUUUUUUUGUCAACAUGCGAAUCUGCAAAUAAAUACAUAUGUAUAUAUACACACACACACAUCAUAAUCUAUGCAAUUUAUAUACAUAUACAUACAUACAUGUAUAUGUAAAUACAUCAAACUGUUUCAUGAUAUAAAAAUCUAGACUAAUAUUCAAAGCGUAUUUAAGAUAGAUAUAAUAUUUAAAUGUAGGUUAAAUACUAUCUCUACCAAGACAAGUUUACGUUUGACUAAUAAUUUCAAGAAAGUAAUCACAUAUCCUUCUAUAUAAAAAAAAUUCAUCGACAGAUUCAUUGUUACGGAUAAUACGUUACUUGUAUAUGCGUCAGUAGUUAUAAUUUAAUUUCAUGCCCAUGUACAAGUGGUACCAGCUUGAAUAAUCUCUCCGCAUAUCUACCAUAAUAGAAUUAUUUAAUCGAACAAUUGACGGCUCGACUUUACAGGUCAUGAGAUCCAGGCAUCGUAUAUUGUGCCAGACAAACCAGAACGAUUAUUAAUUUCGAGCUAUUCUUUAUUUGAGCAUGAUAAAGAAAAUAAUAUAUCGAUAACGAUAAUAAAACAAUAAUAAUAGCUGAAUGAAUAACCAUUAAUCAGUAAUUGUCUUCAUUCUGAAAAAUUAAAUGUUAUUCUUAUAUAAUAAAUACAAAAGAAAUCCUUUAAAUAUGUAUCUCCAUUCGCGAAUAUUUUCGUAAAUACUAUUCAAUAUUGUGUAGUUAUGUAGUAUAG